AUGCGUGUUCUAUCCCGAUUUCUACUCAUCUCAACCCUUAUUCUGGCCCUCAGCGUAGCUUUCAAAAUCCGGUCCCGCAUUUCCCUCCUCUUCCCCUUCUCAUCCUUUUCCUCUUACACCAACAUGUCUACUACCCCUUACCAGAACGAGCGCUACAUCGCCGAGCUCGCUGUUCAGCGGGCAAGCGUCCUCACCCAGAAGGUUUUCUUCGAAAAGGCCAAGGGCACCGUCUCCAAGGACGACAAGUCUCCCGUCACCAUUGGAGACUUUGGCGCACAGGCUUUGAUCAUCCAGGCCAUCCGCAAGAACUUCCCCAAUGAUGAGAUCGUCGCUGAGGAGGAGGCUAGCUCCCUGCGCGAGGACAAGGCCCUCAGCGCUGAGAUCUGGCGCUUGGUCAAGGACAUCAAGCUGGACGAUGCGGAGAGUGAUAAAUUGCUGGGUGGAUCCAUUGAGAGCGAGGCCAGUAUGUUGGACAUCAUUGACGAGGGCAAAAGUGCCGGUGGUCCUUCCGGCCGUAUCUGGGCUCUCGAUCCUAUCGAUGGUACCAAGGGCUUCCUGCGCGGAGGCCAGUACGCUGUCUGCCUUGGUCUGAUCGUUGAUGGCGACGUCAAAGUUGGUGCUAUCGGUACUCCUAACCUCCCGGUCGAUGCUGCUGCCUCCAUUGAUGCUAGCACCAGCGCCGAGAAGAUCGGAACUUCAGCAAAUGGUGUCCUAUUCUCCGCCAUUCUAGGUCAAGGAGCCACCAGCCGCCCGUUGGCCAGCGGCAGCCUAGCUCCCAGCUCCCCUAUUUCCAUGCGCCCCGUCACCAAAAUCGCCGAGGCUGUAUUCUGUGAGGGUGUCGAGGCUGGUCACUCGGCCCAAGGCGACAACGCCGCUGUUGCUGGGCGUCUUGGCAUUACUGCCCCCAGUGUCCGACUAGACUCGCAGGCCAAGUACUGCUCCAUCGCUCGUGGUGCCGGUGACAUCUACCUCCGUCUUCCAGUUAAGAAGGACUACCAGGAGAAGAUUUGGGACCACGCUGCCGGCGACAUUAUAGUGCGCGAGGCUGGUGGGCAAGUGACUGAUAUUUACGGUGCCCGGUUGGACUUCAGUAAGGGCAGGACCCUGGCUGCCAACAAGGGUGUUGUUGCAGCCCCUAAAGCCCAGCACGACCAGGUUAUUGAGGCUGUCAAGGCUGUGCUGAAGCUGUAA